GAGACCACGCCCCCUUCCGGGUGGCCCCGCCCCGCCGCCGCCGCCAUGCUGCGCCCCAAGGCCCUGACGCAGGUGCUGAGCCAGGCCAACACCGGCGGGGUCCAGAGCACCCUACUCCUGAACAAUGAGGGCUCCUUGCUCGCCUACUCGGGCUACGGUGACACCGACGCCAGGGUCACCGCGGCCAUCGCCAGCAACAUCUGGGUGGCUUACGACAAGAACGGCCACCAAGCUUUCAAUGAGGACAACCUCAAAUUCAUCCUCAUGGAUUGCAUGGAGGGGCGAGUGGCCAUCACGCGGGUGGCGAACCUGCUGCUCUGCAUGUACGCCAAGGAGACGGUGGGAUUCGGGAUGCUGAAGGCCAAGCUCAAAACCCUUCCCCUCAUCCUCUCCCUCCUCUCCGUGAUCAAGAGCCCCUCCCAGAUCUCCUGGAGCCCCUUUUAGUCCUGGAAGCUGCUCUGAGGAGCCUUGAUGAAUUCAUAGCCUGGCCUAAAGAUGAGCUCCUUCUGGGCUGCGGCUCAUGUGAGCCCCACGUAACUCAUCAUGGGAUGCAGUGAGGCAUCUCCAGGCUGCAGCUCCUCUGACCAACGAGGUUUUGCUCCUUCAGCCAUGGGAAACAGCAAAUUCUCCAUUUUAAGGAACUUGGAAUUAUGGAAUGGGGUGGGUUGGACGGAACCUCAAAGCCCAUCCAGUCCCACCGCUGCCAUGGGCAGGGACACCUCCCCCUGGAUCAGGGGCUCCAAACCCCAUCCAACCUGGCCUGGAACCCCUCCAGGGAUGGGGCAGCCACCACUGCUCUGGGCAACCUGGGCCAGGGCCUCCCCACCAUCCCAGUCCUCCUUGCAGAGGCUCCUCUGUCCCCUGGAGCCCUUCACCGCACUUUAUAAAGGCUCUCAGAUGAACUAUAAAUUCAGAUAAGCGUGUGAGCAGCUUGCACGCGGGUUGGAGAACCCACAGCGCUCUCU